AUGGCAUCUCUGGCCUUCUCUGGUAGUCUUGUGAUCCCCCACAGAAACCCCUAUUCAACUCGGAAAGCGUCCUCAUCAAUAAGGUGUAACAGUGUAGCGGAGCCAUUGAAGUACAAGGAAAACGGAAAACCAGGAAGCUUGCCCAAUGACAUUAACAACGAUUAUGGGAAAUUGGCGUCGUUUCCGGGCUUCUUCAGCACUCACAAUCAGUUGUAUGAAAGAAUUCCUGUUCAGAAAAAUGACACCCGUCUUCGGAUUUUCUCUGGAACUGCUAACCCUUCUCUGUCACAGGAAAUUGCAUGUUAUAUGGGUCUGGAGCUUGGAAAAAUUAAGAUAAAAAGAUUUGCCGAUGGAGAGAUUUAUGUUCAACUACAAGAGAGUGUUAGAGGGUGUGAUGUAUAUCUUGUGCAGCCCACUUGUCCUCCAGCAAAUGAAAAUCUUAUGGAGCUCUUGAUAAUGAUUGAUGCUUGUCGAAGAGCAUCGGCCAAAAAUAUUACUGCUGUUAUUCCUUAUUUUGGAUAUGCUAGAGCUGAUCGAAAGACACAAGGGCGUGAGUCAAUAGCAGCCAAACUUGUAGCUAAUCUGAUUACUGAAGCUGGUGCAGACCGGGUGCUUGCCUGUGACCUUCAUUCUGGUCAGUCCAUGGGCUAUUUUGACAUUCCAGUGGAUCAUGUACAUGGUCAGCCUGUCAUACUUGAUUACCUUGCCAGCAAGACCAUAUGUUCUGAUGAUCUGGUCGUCGUCUCGCCUGAUGUUGGUGGGGUUGCUAGAGCAAGAGCUUUUGCCAAAAAGUUGUCUGAUGCACCUCUUGCGAUUGUUGAUAAAAGGCGUCAUGCACAUAAUGUUGCUGAGGUGAUGAAUUUGAUUGGUGACGUGAGGGGAAAAGUGGCGGUGAUGGUGGAUGACAUGAUUGAUACAGCUGGAACCAUUUCAAAAGGAGCAGCUCUGUUGCAUCAAGAAGGAGCUAGGGAAGUGUAUGCUUGCAGCACUCAUGCUGUUUUCAGUCCUCCUGCAAUCGAGCGGUUAUCUAGUGGACUAUUCCAAGAGGUUAUCAUAACAAACACCAUUCCAGUAGCAGAGAAGAACUAUUUUCCCCAGCUUACAAUCUUAUCCGUGGCAAACCUCUUGGGCGAGACUAUAUGGCGUGUGCACGAUGAUUGUGCUGGUGGAUUUGAACCCUAUUCGAGCUUGGGCAUUGAUUGA